AUGCCCCCUUCCUCACUGCGCUCGCUUCACCCCUGCCAGAGCCCUCCUGCGUCCUGGCGCUGGAUGCAGGUGCUCAGAACUUCCUACUGUCCCUGCUGCGUGUCCAGGGGGGCCCCCCGCCGCGCUGCCCGGCUCCUGGCCGCCGUCUGGCUGGCCGCCCUGGCCCUGGCCGGGCCCUGGUACGGGCUGGCCGGCGAGGGGCGGCGAGAGGCCCGGCCCGGGGCCUACCGUUGCGUCUACGUGCUGCCCUGGGGCUCCUCCCGGCUGGGGCCGCCCUACGGCGCAGCCCUCAUCGUGCUCUGCUACCUCCUGCCCUUCGCCCUCAUGUGCUUCUGCCACUACAACAUCUGCCGGGCGGUGCGGCUGGCUGAGAGCCGCGUCCGGCCCCUCACCACCUACGGGCACCUGCUGCGGGCCUACGGGGAGAUGCGCACGGCCACCACCGUCCUCAUCAUGAUCGUCUCCAUCAUCUGCUGCUGGGGGCCCUACUGCAUCCUGGGGCUGGCCGCUGCUGCCGGCCGCCUGCCCUUCUCACCCACCAUGGACGCCGUGGCCAGUGGGAUGGCCUGGGCCAAUGGUGCCAUCAACCCCCUCAUCUACGCCGCCCGCAACCCCAACAUCUCCGUGCUGCUGCGGCGCAGCCGUGAGGGCGGCUACAGGACUAGGAACAACGUGGCAGCCUACCUCUCGGCCCCAGGCCGCCGGCCAGAGCCCUGGAGCCGGGCUGACCGCGUCCGGGAGCGCUAUGUCAACCGGCACAGCGGCCCCGUGGGCAGUGCCCCGUCCUCCUCCAGCCCGGUGAGCGGGGGAGAGGUGGCCAUGUGGGCCUGCAAGAACCCUGCCGUCCUCUUCUGUCGGGACGGGCAGCCGGACACCAUCUCCGAGGCCACCUUGCAGGCCAAAGUGGACACCGUCGACACCAGCCUCUGA